GCCUCCUCUGGCUCAGUCGCACAGCAACCUGGUUGGUGACUGGAGGUGUUCAUCAGUGCUCACUAGGAUUUUGCUGAUGUGGCCCCAAACCCGCCUCCCUCCCCACCCUGCGAUGGCAGAAGAAACUCAACAGAGCAAAUUGGCUGUAGCCAAGAAAAAGUUAAAAGAAUAUUGGCAGAGAAACAGCCCUGGUGUUCCUGCAAGAGCGAAGAGGAACAGGAAAACAAAUGGCAGUGUCCCUGAGACAGCCACUUCUGGUGGUUGCCACUCACCUGGGGAUUCAGCAACAGGUAUUGGCGGAGAGGGCCCUACGUCAUCUGCACCCCUCAAGGAUCUGGAGAGCCCGUGCCAAGAACUAGCAGUAGUCCUGGACUCGAGGUCUGUCAAAAUCAGUCAACUGAAGAACAUCAUCAAAUCUUUGGUAAGAGUCCAGUGGGGUCCCCUGAUUCCACGCUGCCAAUCCUGGGCUCCAGUUUCCCCUUGGGGCCCUGAAGAAAGGGGCUCAGGCCCCCUGGUGGCAUUUUUCAACGACGCUGGAGCCAGUGCCCAGGAAGAGCAAAGGGUGUGCUCCCAGCCCCUGGAUCACCCAGUGGCUUCAUCCCAGAGGACCCCAGGGACUGGGGGUGAGUCUGUGUGUGGGGAGACCCACCGAGCCCUGCAGGGGGCCAAGAACGUGAGCGGGAGGCCAGGGUAUGGCAGGGGGAGCUGCAGGGCCGUCAGAGGGGCCCCAGCAUCUGAGUUGUGUCCUCCCACAGGACAGUACACCAGACAGGGGGCAGUGCCAAAAUGCGUCACUGGGAGAGGAGGACAUCAUCAGGCUGGCCCAGGACCAGGAGAUGCAAGUAGGGUGUGCAACAUCUUUGUGGGGGUGGGAGUAGGGGUGAGGGUGAAUUUGGGCACUGGCACCGGCAUGGCAGCUAAGCACCCCUCCCUCCAGGUGAACCUGCUGGAGCUGCAGGGACAGGUGUUGUGGCUUGUGGGCGACCACAAUGAGGGGCACGACAAAUUCUUGACCACUGCCCAGAGCCCUGCUGAUCAGCCCGCUCUAGGAGCCCCAAUCCCGCAUUAGCUUGGGUGUGCUGACAAGCAGGGUGAUGAGUAGAGCGCUCAGGCGGGGUGGGCGGGCAGGAGCAGGGGAGGCUCGCACUGACCUCAGAUCCCCUCCUCCCUCUGUCUGAAGAUCUUCGUGGCUGAGCCUCACUGACAGCGUGGAGCCUGCACCAGGAGAGGCCAGGGAGGGUUCUCCCCACGACAACCCCACGGUACAGCAGAUCGUGCAGCUGCUUCCUCUAACGCAGGACUCCCCAGGAGCACCGAGGCUUGGACAGCAACCCCUGCAUGCCAUUCUUUUCACCGUGCUGAGAUCAGGGAGAUAAACAUCAUCAUCUAAGAGCUGGUCAAGAAAUUUAAAAACAAACAAACAAAAAAAGUUUAGGGGUUAAUCUCCUACACAAUUCAUUUACUUCAUUUGAAUGUUAGAGCCACUCAUGUUUAUUUGUUUUUCUAACUUAGUUUAAAUUUAUUUGUAAAAAUUACAGAAGAGUGGGUCUUUCCCUCAUGUUCACUAUGGCAUCCUUUAGCAUUUUUCUUUUUAUUUGAUAACUGUAGGUCAUUAGCACGCAUAUCGAGUUUGCCCUAUGUGUUGGGAGUUCAAACACGCAAAGACCCACUAUAUGCACAAAACUGUUCUUGCUGGUUUGGAAUAGGCUGCCAUGAUUUUUUAAUGUUAUUGCAGCAUGUAUAUUCAUUACGGAAUUCAGAUAAAAUUUGCCUAUGUUCUGCUAGUAUGUUUGAUCGACUCCUAAUCACAGUGAGCUCUUCAUUAGCUCAAUAUGUGGUUUGCCCUCAAGUGCGCUGUUUAUUAGUUUAUAAUGUGCCACUGUGAGUAGUGACAUUUACAGUUGUUUAAAGAUGGAAUACUGGAGAGAGCCUUUCUCCCUUUGUCUGUGUAUUGGGGAUGGGCGUAAUAACAUUUUGGGGAGAUUUUUAAAUCUCCCAAAAGAGGAAAGUGGCCUGCUCUGGCAGAUGUGUGCAGGAUAGAAUACGUUUCAUUUGUUUUGGAGCCAAGAAUGAGUGCGUUACUAUGGUACUCCCCUUAGGAUUUGUAUGUGCUCUGGACUUAUGAAGAUAUUACUCCUUUUUGAUAACCUAAAAAGGGGUUAUGACCUAAAAAGGGAUUGUACCACUGUUAAUUAGCCAAAUUAUUUGGUCUAACAGCUUUUCUUUAUCAUUCUGAAACUGGGUUUUUCUAAUACAUUGAUAAAUUAUUUCAAAGGUAUUUUGAUAGUUCAAAUCACUUCACUUUUACCCUGACACAUAUAAAUGUCUAGGAAUGACCUUCAGAUAGCGUUUAGCAUCUGUAACCUAUCUGACAAUAAUGUGUUCAUCAGGUACCUAUGGAUUAAAUCACAUACCGGCAUAUUUAAGCUGAAUGUCAGUUUGAAAGAUAAAUGUGCUAUAUUACCUGAAAUACUACUCUUUGUGUAGGUAUUUUGUCAUAAGUUUAAGAAAAAGCUAAAAAGAAUGGAAAUCCUGUGACAAUAACUUAAGUCUUUCUUCUAAGUGCAUGCAGUCAUUUGCAAUACCUCAUUCAGCCAAGUAUUUGUUCUCUUCCUCAUUCAGUAUAAGGCAGUUUUCAAUUUGCUUAGAAGGCGACAUUAGAAGGUUAGAGUUAAAGUGUGAGUUCAACUGAAUAAAUGUGAAUUUCUGUAGGAAGUAAAGAAUCAAAAUGCCUAUUGAAAGACUGCAAUAUAUGAAAAUUAUUUUUAAAGUGUUUGAUUAAAACUGAUAGGUUUUCCCAAAAUGAAAAAACUCAGUUCUAAAACCAAAGCUGCUUUCUACAAAACAUGAAAAUGUAAAUCAUCCCAUCCAUAAUAGCUUCUCUAAAACUUUAUCUUACAGUCACUUUCAAAUAACUAUUCAAAAACAUAACUGCUAUAAUAAUAUCUUGAAAUAAGUUAAAACAUUUUAAAAUAUGAACACCAUAGUUUAAAAGAAAGAAUCUAGGGGAAGGAAAAGUAGAGAAAGAAAUGCCAGUUCCAGUCCAAAGCUUUAUUUGCCAAGUUUUCUUAGACUCACUUUUACCAACUUAUGAUUUCUUGUAAACAGAAUGUAUAAUAGAAAUACUGACUUUUGUCCAACGUGGCAUUCUUGACUGCUUCUGUGAUGCUACUAUAAUGUAAUAAAUUAUGAAAUUCUUGCAAGGUGCUGUUUUUGCCU